UUCCAAAGCCAGUUUUGGGAACAGGGAGGGGGAGGGGAGCGGGGGGCCUUCAGGACAUCUGUGGGAACUUGUUUUCAGACCUAAUUAAUUUGAACCAUGCUCGGGAGGGGGUUGCAGUUCGGUGUGGGAUUGUUCAUCCCACAGCACGGAGCAGCUCCCCCAGAACAUUGCAGGGACAUGAGGUGGGAAAUCCCAUCUUUCCAAGCAGCAAUUCCUUCAGUUUGGUGGGGAAUAUCCCAAGGAAUUUAUCCCAACUCCACAUCCCACCAGGUCUCAGGUCUGAGCUGCCUUGAGCACCCGCCAGAGAGUGGAACUGGUGGCCCUUCAGCACUUUUGUGUCAUCCCAGUGACAGAUAAACCUUCACAGGGAAUAUUCCACAUUCCUCAGAGCAGGAAGGGCCCAGUUCCUCAGUCAGGGCUCAGCUCCCACCUCACUCCCAGCCCUGCUCCCUGAGCUCCUGGCUGCGUUUUUUCACUUGGAGUCCCUGAGCCAUCCGUUUGUUUAUCGGGAUGGAUGUCGAUAACCUGGUCCCACCAACCCACCCUGGCUCUCCAGCUGUGCCAGAUGUGACUGUUCCACCUUAAAAUCACCCAUGAUGGGGUUGGAUUUGGGAAGAGUUGACCCCAAACGCUUUGUAGGAAGGGUUUAGUGGAUUGAGUGUCCGGGGUGUUCCUGCAGCAGGGAGUGAUGUUUAUCUCCGCUUCAGGAUGGGAACAGACCCAGAUCCCUCUGAUCAUGCCUCUUUUCCCCGGUUUGCCCAUCCCCGGCAGCAUCCCGGGAGGUUCCAGGCAUGACCGUUCCCUUGAGGGAGGUGCCGGGGGCCGGACCGAGCGCCGGGAGUUUUGAAAUCCAGCGGUAAAGCCGGGCUUGCCCCCUGCUCGUCCCGCGUCCGUGCCGCGGGAUGCCUGGCGUUCCUGAGAGCAUCCCGGCCCGCCGGGGCUCCAUUGGCUGCGGGGGCCAACGUUGCCUUUUUAGGCUGCGCGUGGGCUCCGCUCGGGGCUGCGCUGCCGCCGGGCCGGGCCGCAGGGAUGGGGGAUCCCGCAGGGAUGGGGGAUCCCGCAGGGAUGGGGGAUCCCGCAGGGAUGGGGGAUCCCGCAGGGAUGGGGGAUCCCGCAGGGAUGGGCGGCCUGGGGCCGACCCGCGUGUGCCCACAAAUCCCGCGGUGGAGGAGCGAUGGGACUCGGAGCUGCCGAGCGGGGCCAGGGGUUGAUGCUCCGCGCUUGUGCCAGCCCGGGAUCCAGGGGUGUCUCUGAGGUUUUGGGUUUGUCCCCCCGCCUUGGAAUGCGAUGGGGUCCUGCCACCGGCCCCUGGCACAGCCGUACCCUCUCCGUGUUGGUUCUCUCCAGCCUCUGCCUCCAUCCAACCCCUUUUCCCACCCCCACUGCUGGGUUUGGGGUUAAUUUUUUGUAAGGUGGUUUGGGGUUUUUUUUUUAACAGCCUUUCUCCUCGGUGACCUCAUGUCUGGCAGGGUCCCAAGGGAUCCGGGGUGGGAUGUGAGGCAGCAGAAGGACCCCGGGGCAGAGGGUUUGGGGGGGACACCAAGUACAUGGCCAGGGGACAAAUCCAGCCUGAGAUUCCCCAGGGAAAGGGAAUAACCAGGACAGAGCCAUCCCUGGGGGACAUUGGAGGUGUGAACAGGCUGGGAGUGGUGGGGAGACACUGUGUCCCAUGGAGUGACAGCCCUGAGUCUGCUCCCUCCUUCCAGGACAGAGCCAUCCCUGGGCAAUGUUAGAGGUGUAAAGGGUCUGGAGUGCUGGGGGGACACCGUGUUCCAUGGAGUGACAGCCCAGAUUCUGCUCCUUCCCCCCAGAACAGAGCCAUCCCUGGGGGACACUGGAGGUGUGAACAGUCUGGAGUGCUGGGGGGACACCGUGUCCAUGGGGUGACAGCCCAGAUUCUGCUCCCUCCUUCCAAGACAGAACCAUCCCUACGGGAUGUUAAAGUUAUGAACAAGCUGGAGGAACGUUGUGUCCCUGCCCUGCCCCACAGGGUGACAGCCCAGAGUCCUCUCCCUGCAGGACCAUGGGGGACAGGACCUUUGGAUCCCUUGGUGGUGGUGGGACCUGCAGCUCCUUCCCCUGCUCCAGUGCUGGGAUGUCCCUGAGCACAGGGAGCAUCCCGGGCCCCCCGGCCUCAGUUUCCCCUUGUGCCCCCCGAGCUCCCCGAGCUCUGGGUGGUGGUUCCUGGGCACCUCUCCUGCCUCCCCUGGAUGUUCCAGAGAGCUCCCAGUGUGGGCCCGUUGCCCUUAAAAAGGCAGCAGGAGUUUGGGAGCUGCUGGUUGGCCUCUGCCAGGGCCACGGGCCUGGCGGUUCCACUCCCACUGCCAAGGGCUGGGGGUGGCUGCGGCCCCCCCGGGCUGUGUCCAGGCAGGGGGGCCAGGGGCCAACACCCACAGAGCCCCGUGGAGCUCCAGGCUCAUCCCACCUCCCAGAUCCUCCCGGGGGCACCCACAGUGUGGGGCUGGGAUUCGGACUCACAACUCCUGGCCUGGCUCAGGCUGAGGAUUUAGGGAAUUGAGGGGCUUUGGGACACCAAAAGCCCAAAAAUGGGGGUGGAGAGAGAGAAAACCACAAGGAGAGGCAUCUCCAAAGCGCAGAAUUCCAGAGAUCCCGGGGAGCUGAGGCUGGGAGGAGGCGAUGCACUGACCCAGGGCCUUUCCAGCAGUGCCAAAUUCCCACCCCAGCUCCGGGGUGUCCCCACGGUGGAGCCCCCACACCCACCUCCCCCCGGGUGGGGUUUCUCCAUGUUCUCCCCAGGAACUGGAGUUACUUCCACCUCCCUUUUCCGAGCCUGUCACUUAUAAGGACUUGUGUCUCACUUGUUUAUCGGAGCGGAGCAUAAAAGGAACAGACUCCCAACUGGGCCGUUGCCUCCCAAAGCAUCCCCACAUACAUUUUUCCUACAAUAAUUAAACUGCUGGGUCCUACCACCAGCCCGAGGUCAAUUUAAUGAAAUAAAACACCUUAUAUGGCCAUAUGGCCAACACACCAUCACUGAGCCUAUUUAGGGUCUUUGUUUAGAGAGGAUCCGCCUCUGAGGUUCCUCGGGCUCGCUGGUAUUUAUACCCACGGCACAGCGGGGCUCGGUCCCAGAGGAAAGGAGCUCUCGCCUCUGCGGUGAGUACUGCCCUGCCCUGCCCUGCUUCCCAGCUCCUGGGAGGAGAGGGGAAGGAAUAACACCCCGGGGGGGGUUUGGGGUGCCCCAGCCUUCAUGGGGCGGCCCCAGCUCAGUCUGCAUGGCACAGAGGGGGUGCCAACCCCGGGGGCUUCCCAGAGGUGACAAGAGCUGGGCUGCAGCCAAGGCGGGUUGUGCUCUUCCAGAAAUCCCUGGGAUUUGGGAUUUUUUGCUUUCUGGGCUGAGGCCCAAGGCAGGUUGUGCUCUUCCAGAAAUCCCUGGGAUUUGGGAUUUUUUGCUUUCUGGGCUCCUGCAAGGUUUUUGCUGCUUCCCUCUGGAUUUGGGGGCACAUCCCCCAGUGUAGGGGGGGGAGCCCCCAGGAAGGGCUGGGGUUUUUCCCAUUAUUGGGAGCAGAUGCAGCAGGAGGCUGCUGAGACAGAACCGGAUGAGGGGGCAUCAGCUGACACCCCUCUGCCCGCUUUUGGGGGGCACCAGCUAGGCUUGGCAACACUGGAGCUCCCCGGGGGGGCUUUGGCACCGAUUUUGGGCACCAGCUGGAGAAGGAUGGAGGAGCAGCACCAGCGUGGAGCAGCACAUGGGGAAUGAGCAUCACCCCACUCCCAGCAUCCCCACACUGGGGUCAGACUGGGUGGCCAGCCCUCGGCACAGCCCACAGAGGACUUUGUGAGACUGCCCAUUCCCAAGGACUCCAACCCUUCCAAACCCAAAGCUGUAUGCAGUGCCGCGGGACAGCCCCCUCCCCCGUUCACCCUUAACGCCAUUUCCCCCCGGCCCCAGCUUUUCCCCCAGGUCCCCCCGAGCACCAACCACUCCCAGCCCCACCAUGUGCGAGGAGGAAACCACUGCCCUGGUCUGUGACAAUGGCUCCGGCCUCUGCAAGGCCGGCUUCGCCGGCGACGACGCCCCGCGCGCCGUCUUCCCCUCCAUCGUGGGGCGGCCCCGGCACCAGGGUGUCAUGGUGGGCAUGGGGCAGAAGGACAGUUACGUGGGCGACGAGGCGCAGAGCAAGAGGGGCAUCCUCACGCUCAAGUACCCCAUUGAGCACGGCAUCAUCACCAACUGGGAUGACAUGGAGAAGAUCUGGCACCAUUCCUUCUACAACGAGCUGCGCGUGGCCCCCGAGGAGCACCCGACCCUGCUCACCGAGGCCCCCCUCAACCCCAAGGCCAACCGGGAGAAGAUGACGCAGAUCAUGUUUGAAACCUUCAAUGUCCCCGCCAUGUACGUCGCCAUCCAGGCCGUCCUCUCCCUCUACGCCUCCGGCCGCACGACCGGCAUCGUCCUGGACUCCGGGGACGGCGUCACCCACAACGUGCCCAUCUACGAGGGCUACGCGCUGCCCCACGCCAUCAUGCGCCUGGACCUGGCCGGGCGGGACCUCACCGACUACCUCAUGAAGAUCCUCACCGAGAGGGGCUACUCCUUCGUCACCACCGCCGAGCGGGAAAUCGUGCGGGACAUCAAGGAGAAGCUCUGCUACGUGGCCCUGGACUUCGAGAACGAGAUGGCCACGGCCGCCUCCUCCUCCUCGCUGGAGAAGAGCUACGAGCUCCCCGACGGGCAGGUCAUCACCAUCGGCAACGAGCGCUUCCGCUGCCCCGAGACCCUCUUCCAGCCCUCUUUCAUUGGCAUGGAAUCGGCCGGGAUCCACGAGACCACCUACAACUCCAUCAUGAAGUGUGACAUCGACAUCCGCAAGGACCUCUACGCCAACAACGUGCUGUCGGGCGGCACCACCAUGUACCCCGGCAUCGCCGACCGCAUGCAGAAGGAGAUCACGGCACUGGCCCCCAGCACCAUGAAGAUCAAAAUCAUCGCCCCCCCGGAGCGCAAGUACUCGGUGUGGAUCGGCGGCUCCAUCCUGGCGUCCCUCUCCACCUUCCAGCAGAUGUGGAUCAGCAAACCCGAGUACGACGAGGCCGGACCCUCCAUCGUCCACCGAAAAUGCUUCUAAGCCCCCUCUCCACCCCGUGGUGGCCACCCUGGCCUGGGCUGGGGAGCCCCACUCCUCCUCCUCAGCCCCUGCUGCUCCUCCCUCCCCCCCACUGCGCAUUAAAAAGCCUUUUCUCCA